CUGGUGACUCAGUGAGUGGAGAGUUACAUUGAAUUAUAACCCUGGAUCUGCAGGGCUGGGCCUGCCUCUCCCUAUAUAUACCCCCAAGCUUCUUCCUCCUCUUGCCUUGCUCAGUGUCUCUCGGGCACCUUCAGCCUGCUCUCCCUCAGCGGCCUCCUCCUUUGUGCUGACCAACUUUUGCACUCACAACAACCAAGAACCAUGGCCCAGCAACAGCAGUAUAGUCUCCCUGCUAAACUGAUCAAUGGAGGCAUAGCAGGCAUGGUGGGAGUCACCUGUGUGUUCCCGAUCGACCUGGCCAAGACCCGCCUGCAGAACCAACGUGGUGGGCAGCAACUCUACAAGAACAUGAUGGAUUGCCUGAUAAAGACAGUGAAAUCUGAAGGUUAUUUCGGCAUGUACAGAGGUGCUGCAGUAAAUCUCACCUUGGUAACCCCUGAGAAAGCCAUCAAACUGGCAGCUAAUGACUUCUUCCGCCACCAGCUGAGCAAAGAUGGUGGCAAGUUGACAGUGAUUAAGGAAAUGCUGGCAGGAUGCUGUGCAGGCAUGUGUCAGGUCAUCAUCACUACACCCAUGGAGAUGCUCAAGAUUCAGCUGCAGGAUGCUGGCAGGCUAGCUGCCCAGCAGAGGGUGAUGCCCAGUGUUGUAACGACUCUAAAGAUGGGCGGUACCAGCGCAGUUCUGAGCCGUUCCUAUAACACCAACCCAGGGCCUCAAGUCAUGCGAGUGUCGGCCACAGAGAUAACCAGAGAGCUGCUGAGGACCAAAGGGGUCACAGGACUGUACAGGGGACUCGGAGCCACACUGAUGAGGGACAUCCCAUUCUCUGUUGUGUACUUCCCACUUUUUGCACAUCUGCACAAGCUUGGCCAGCGUUCACCUGAAGACCCAUCGGUACCCUUCUAUUGGUCCUUCUUGUCCGGCUGUUUGUCUGGAUGCAUCGCUGCUGUAGCUGUCAGUCCUUGUGAUGUGGUCAAGACAAGGCUACAAUCACUCAGAAAAGGUGCUAAUGAAGAAACCUACAAUGGAGUGGUGGACUGUGUCAGAAACAUCCUGAGAAAAGAGGGCCCUGGAGCCUUCCUUAAGGGUGCCACUUGCCGUGCCUUGGUUAUUGCCCCACUCUUUGGCAUUGCCCAGGUUGUGUACUUUGUUGGAGUUGGAGAGUUCCUGCUUGGCUACACUCCCUACAACAUCUACUCUUCAUAAACAAACUGUUUCCUAGUCUUUAAGUGGCCUUAUUAAAUGACAGGCAGCUCUUUGUAACUGUGUACCUUCUUUAUUGUUGGAGGAUUUCAGAGUAUAAUGCUAAAGGGACCACAUAGUUGCCAUUUACAUCAAAAUGGUUUUAUGCCUUUAGCAUGAGGCUGAAAUUGAGAACAAUGUUUAUAUGGAUGGCAUUGUAGUUUAUCUAAGCUAAUGUGUUAGCUUUCUUUACUAAGGGACUAACGGUUACUGUACAGUUACCCCCUUUCCCUAAAUGUUCUCCAUAUCAAAUACCCUUCACUGUAACCUUAACCCUUAUAUCCUCUCCAACUCUGUUUGGCAAUCACCAAUUGGUGGCUGUUGGUAUUGCAAAAAGACAGUUUGGUAUCAAGACAAAACUACCAAAAAGAAACUUGGACAGGAACUUUACUUGAAAAGCUCAGAUUGUGUUAUAAAACCUUACAUGAGAAACUUUGCCAUUGAUGUUGAUCCUUGUUUAUGUACAUAGUGUAUUUAUUAAUUUUUAAAGCAUAAAUCAUUACAUAGAUUACUUUUCUCACAGCAUUGUUGGAGCAUGUCGUCCUCUGCAUUGCCCCGUUGGGAAAGUUCAGGUGGUUAAAGCAUUUGAACAGAAGAAACAUGUGGACUUCCUGUCCAGAGGUGUGCCACAGGGAUCAUGUUUUGUGCCACUUACUUUUACAAGUAGGUGAUUUCCAUGCUCUUGCAUGGAUGCCACCUUAUCUGCACUGCUUUAUAAAGUAGCUGGUCACAAGAAUAUUGCAGACAGUUUUUUUUCUGGUAUUUAGUUUAAAAAUGAUUGAGGUCAGGUAUGUUUAAAGCGUAAACUCAAAAAUGGAACAAUGCAGAAGCACCCUCCAAAGUUAACUUUAAAUGGCUGCUUUUUUAAUCAGGAGGAAAUGGGGCUUGUGGGUUGUAAACUAGACUGAUGGUGGAGGAGACUUAAUGGGUAGAACCUGUCGCACUUUUGGGACCAAGUCUUUUGAAAAAGGUGCAACACGACUUACAAGUUGCAUUUUAUACUUAGUUGACUAUGGUUGUAGACGUCUGGUAAGGUUUUCUUGUCAGUCCAAGUAUCCAAGAGCGCAUAUGAAUGUAUCAUUUUAGAUUCUAAGUAGCAUUCUCUCCUUGAAUCUCCAUUAGUCAAAGUGCUUUUAAUAAUUGUUUCAAUGUAAAUAGUCAUUCUUGUUUUAUUUUCUCCAACUGUUAAAGUUAAAAUCACAAACUGAAUUCAGUUCAGACAUUUCAACAUGUUGAAAGUGUUUACACCAGUUGAGAAGGUACCUUAUAUUACCGUCAUUA